GCGGGAUCCAACCAUUGCCCAGACUGGCCCCACUGCCCACUCACCGUCCACAGUAGACUUAAGACUAGUCCAUCAUGUGUCUGGGUUUCUCAUUGUCAGAAACUAUUAAUCAGUGUACCAUGGAUGCACACCUCGUCCCUGUCAUCGCUCUUGUACUCAUGUGGUUGUCAUCCCUGAAACUGGAUCCUAAACUUUCUCUCCUUUAUUCCUCGGCGGCUUUUUCCUGGAUUGCCAGAGCUCUCCCGAACUUUGGAUCCAACUCCUUCUCAUCCUCCUCGUGCGCGGGCGCUGCCCGUCACACCAAAAGGGGAGGAGGAGAGGGGGGUGUGGUUCGGGAUCCAGACAAUUUACAACUAAUUAAUCCCACUUUAUCGCAAUAACAGUCAUGCAUAUCAUUCGUUAGCAGAG